ACCGGAUUCUACAUCUGAUCAUUGCUUCUCAGAUUUUACCUCAGCAGAAGAAGCAAAUAUGUCUGUGAAAAAUAGUUUGCAAGCCUGGGAUUAUGUUGUAUUUGCCGCUAUGCUUGUUAUGUCUACUGCAAUUGGGAUUUACUUUGCUAUAAAGUCUAGAAGAGUAAAGGGAAAAGCUACAGAAGAAUUCCUAAUAGGGAACAGACAAAUUUCUGCAUAUCCAAUUGCACUUUCCUUGGCUGCGAGCUUCUUAUCUGCUAUUACUGUGGUUGGCGGUCCUGCAGAGGUGUACCUAUAUGGGAUAAUGGUUCUGCUGUACAAUGUUGCUGCCUUCUUUACAAUUAUCAUCACUUGCCUGAUCUACAUUCCUCUCUUCUACAGAUUAAACAUAAUUAGCACAUAUGAGUACAUUAGCAGAAGAUUUGGUUUAGCAGUGAAGUAUCAAGUUGUUUCUUCCUUCUUAUUAUACAUGUUCAUUUAUCUCGGCAUUGCCACCUAUACACCUGCACUAGCACUCAGUGAAGUUACCGGGAUUAACUUGUGGAUUUCCAUCAUAACCACUGGUUGUGUGUGCACCCUAUAUACAACACUGGGUGGUAUUAAAGCUGUUGUCUGGACAGAUGUGCUACAGAUCUGUGUAAUGCUGGCUGGCCUCCUUGCUUUGCUGAUUCAGGGAUUAAUUCAGGUUGGAGGGAUUGCCAAAGUUUGGAGAACUGCGGAGCAUGGUGGGCGCCUCAAUUUUUUUGACUUUGACCCUGAUCCAAGGAAAAGGCAUACAUUCUGGACGACAGUGAUAGGAGGCACAUUUGUAUGGGUUGCAAUAUACAGUUCCAACCAAGCCCAAAUACAAAGAUACCUGGCCUGCAAGAGUGAAAAAGAAGCAAAAAAGGCAAUAUUCCUAAACUGGUUUAGUAUGCUUGGAGUGACAGUUACAGCGUGUAUGUGUGGUUUGAUCAUGUAUGCAGUUUACGAAACCUGUGACCCAAUGGAGGCAAAAAGAAUCAGCAAUAGUAACCAGCUUACACCACUUUUGGUUUUGGAUAUCUUGUCUCACGUGCCUGGAGUUCCAGGGCUUUUUAUCGCCAGUGCAUUUAGUGGCACUUUGAGCACAAUCUCCUCGGGCAUCAAUGCUAUGACUGCAGUCUUUGUGGAAGAUAUUAUAAAACCAAACUGGAGAUCAUGGAACUAUCUUUCUGAUGACAGGAGAACAAUGAUCUCAAAGUUUCUAGCGAUGACGUUCGGGGGUUUGACAAUGCUUCUUGCAGGGUUAACUUCAAUCUUAGGUGAAAAUGUAAUGCAGCUAAUCCGAAGUAUUGAUGGAGUAUUUCUAGGACCUCUACUGGGUGUAUUCACUUUAGCAGCUUUGUUUCCAAACAGCAAUAGCAAGGGAGCAUUUGUGGGUAUGCUGUUUAGUUCUGUCUUGAAUUUACUUUUGGGAAUUGGCUCUCAAGUGUAUCCGGCAGCUGCUAGAUUUACAAGGAAGCUGAAGAUAUCAGCAGCAGGUUGCCAUCUAUUUAACGUCACGAGUUCAAGCUCCACCAAUGUAACAUCUUUACUCACCAUAGAAAUGUCUCCAGCAUCAAAUAAAACGAACAGCCUAUUUGAAGAUAUUUUUUCCAUAUCCUAUGGAUACUACACCCCAUUUGGAUGCCUAACUGCAGUUAUGAUAGGUUUGCUAGUCAGCAUGGUUACUGGGGGAGCUAAGGAUGUCGAUAAGGCCCUCAUUGCUCCUAUAAUCCACACCAUUCACAACUUCUUAUCCAAACAGGAACCAGCUGUACCAGUGCCUGAAUCAGGUAUACGGCUAUUGGAAACCAGUCCUGAAAAAUCCUUCAACACAGAUCACCAGCCUUCUAAUUUGCAGAGUGAAACGUUUCUUACUCCAUCAUCUGGUAACUGAAUAAGUAUUCAAAAGAAAACUUGAAUUAUUAUUGGUGGUUAAAAGAUUGAAGUUUCAGAGAAACAAUUAAGAAACAAGACGUCAAAUUUUCUUAUAAACAAUUAUUGCCAGAAUAAUGCAAGUUAUCUAUCAAUUGAUUUAAAAGUUAAGUGGGAAACUUAUUAAAUUUAUAGAAAAUGAUUGGUCAUUUUAGAUUCACAAUUACGUCAUAUUUAAUCUGUAAUAGUCAAUCAUUUAGUCAAAAUAUUACCUCAUUGUUCUUCACAAGAAAGCAAAAAGUAGUUUUGUAACAUAAUUUGUGAAAUUUUUCAGCAUGGGUGAUUGUUAUUCCUGAGUUGCAUGAGGCAAUUGUAAUUUUGUAUUGUUCACUUUAGACAUAAAUAAGAACAUAAACUGAAACAAAUUACCCUUCAUGCUGGAGAUAUAAACAAAAUAGUGACAAUUCAAUGAUGACACAUGUUUAAUUUCAACAGAGUUUGUUUGUAACAGUGCAACCUUAUUUUUAUCUCUUUGUUGUUCCAGUAUGAUUAAAAACCAAUUACCUACUGUA